AUGGGCAAUGUGAGCAGCAGGCCCGACGAGGCGGCGGCGGCGUUGCAUCUUAGGGACCAGAACCGAUUGACGAUAUCCUCCUUGACCGUCACAAACUCUCGACGCCGAACUGUCCUCCACGUCGUCCCAAACGCAUUUCCAGCAGCGAGAGUCUCAGUAACUCGCGAUCUUGGGGAUAGCAGCCCCAUCGAAUAUGUCCAGGACCCUGAUCAGAUACCAGGCGCAGCCUCACCAAACUUCCUCCUCAAGCUCCACAAUGACGAGGAACUUACAUUCAAUUUCACAUUCAUAAUUCGGCAAACUCACCAGGCUGCCCAAGGCAACACUAAUCAGGAAGCCUCAGUCGGUUCCCUUGAUACUAUUAUAAAUGGCCUUACAUAUGUAUCGGCCUCCACGGCGAGAGAAGUCGAGACUCUGGUUACCCGGGAGUUCCAUGCCGACCCAAAUUUACACAAAAAUGCCAAUGUACAACUGGUAGGGGAUUAUUCCACCGGUGGAAGCCAGUCAGUAUCAUUUGAAUGGUCAUGGAAAUGGAGACCGCCAAAGCCGGCCGAGGACAGAGGUGGCGGCUGGAGAAACAGUUGCAGCUUCGUCGAAUAUGAUCAACGAGCGCAUCGAUUAAACACACUUGCUAGCUUUUCCUUCUGGGUGUCAAACCCCUCGCAAUACCUUAGUCAACCUAACUCCCCUUCUCCCCAUUUCAGCCUCGUUCCUCCUCCGAAGCUCCGAGCUCCAUCGUCGCAGUCUAUGGAUUCCAGAUUGAGUACUGGGGAUAUGCGCGAAUAUGACGAGCCUCCGUCCCCGGGCAUGCCCCCGAUUGACAAUACUGCUGGGAUUGGCCAGCUGCCGCAAAUCGAUCCGGUCAAGGUCGAUAUCUCCUGUCAACGUCCCGGUGAAGAUAUGAGCGCUACUGAGGACGGCCCGCUGUUUCGAGCUACGAUGAAGUCGCUGGAACAAAAGACUGGAAAUAUGCGGCAACGUAUGAAGAAGGUUUUAAAGAGGGCAGAAGCCGCGCAUACGGCACAACUCGAGUGUAAUGAAGCUAUUGCAGGAUUCAUGGAAGCCCUUCAAGAAGCUUCUUUUUCCAACGCAAACGCAGUCCAACCGGCCCUAGAGCACUACUUUGACAAGAUUGCUCGGGAGAUAUUGCAAUAUGAAAAGCAGAAUAGUGUAAAUUUGCAGAAGAUUAUUAUCGACCCUCUUACAAAAUUAUACAACAUCGAUAUCAAGCAGGCCGAGGCUAAGAAGCGGGAUUUUGAAGAAGAAAGCAAGGACUACUAUGCCUAUGUGUCCCGAUACCUAGGCCAGCGAAACGAUUCCUUGAAGGAGAAGAAGCGGGCUGAAAGCGACUCGAAAUACCAGACCAAGCGCCGAAAUUUCGAACUGAAGCGAUUUGAUUAUUCAUCUUUCAUGCAAGAUCUUCACGGUGGUCGCAAAGAGCAGGAAGUGUUGUCACAUCUCACCAAAUAUGCCGAUGCGCAGACGAAAAGUUAUCUUGCCACCGCAGAAAAGGUCGAGCAGAUGUUACCGCAGCUCGAUGCGCUGAGCAACGAAGUCCAACAGGCAGAUAAGGAAUUCCAGUAUCAGCGGACUGAACGCGAAGAGAAGCGCCGAAAUCUUGAGAAAAGUACCGUCACUUAUGUAGAGCCAGAGACAGUGCCAGUUGUUGGGGUCAUCCCGCCGACUCCAAACGCCACCACCAGCGCCUCUCAUGUUGGUUCCGAUUCGGACCUGGGCCGGUCAGAUAGCACUGCCUCUACUCUUCGGCAAGUCUCCAUAAAUGGCGCAUCCAUGGCACAGGCCGCCAACAGCAGCGCCGCUGAGUUUUCUCGCUCUCCUGGUAGCCUUACCUCAAAUAUUGGGUCUAUCAACAGCCCUGGGACCAACUCGAAGUUUAGAGGGAUCCGAGAUCUCGAAGAAAAAGACUAUUCCCAAAUCUCAAAUAGCGAUAAGAAUGGUACUCAGCGGAAAGAAGGACUUCUGUGGGCCCUCAGCCGACCUGGUAGCCAUGCGGACCCCAGAGGUUUGAAUAAGCAAGCUUGGCAUAAGUUUUGGAUCGUUCUUGAUGCGGGUAAACUGUCUGAGUAUAGUAAUUGGAAACAGCGUCUUGAUUUACACAUGGAACCGAUUGAUCUUAGGAUGGCGUCGGUUCGUGAAGCGCGGAAUGCCGAGCGAAGGUUUUGCUUCGAGGUCAUUACGCCUCAGUAUACCCGGGUUUAUCAAGCCACUUCCGAAGACGAUAUGAAUAAUUGGAUAUCUGCGGUGAAUAAUGCUAUCCAGGGCGCAGUGGAAGGUCGAGGCGCUCGAGCCUCGCCCAGUCUGCUGCCGACUCAGCCGCCAGAGAAGAGCUCGAUUCGAAGGGAUAUAGGCUCUAUCUUGACUGGCAAGAGCUCUUCUAUGAAUUAUGGCAAUCCCCAUGCUACCAACCAUGGUAAUGCAGCUGCAAACAGCGUCUUUCGACGAACUACAGUCGGCGCCAGACCAGCCUAUACUCGACAGGGAAGCGCUGGCUUUGAUGACAAUCCAGACAAGCUGCUACAGCUUCUACGAGAUGCGGAUCAAGGCAACUGCUGGUGUGCAGACUGUGGAUCCGGUAUCAAGACAGAAUGGGUCUCUAUCAACCUUGCCAUCGUUCUUUGCAUCGAAUGCAGUGGCAUUCAUCGAUCCCUCGGUACGCAUAUAAGCAAAGUUCGCUCGCUCACGCUAGAUAUCAACUCUUUCACAACCGAUAUUGUUGACCUCUUACUACUUGUGGGAAAUCGGAUCUCAAAUAUGGUAUGGGAAGCAAGGUUGGAGCCUGGCAUUAAGCCCACACCACAGGCCACCCGCGAGGAGAGGUUGAAAUUUAUUACUGCGAAGUAUGUUGACAGGGCAUAUGUGGAACCCAUCUCGUCCACGCUGUCACGCUAUGCUACGGCGGACGAGACGCUGUUAGCUGCGAUAAAAAAGAACGAGAUCCAGCAAGUUAUCUAUGCCCUCGCUCUCAAGGCAAAUCCAAAUGUUACGGACAAGUCACGAGGGACGCAUUCUGUAUUCUUAGCCCUGGCAGCAGCAGAUCCAGCAUCGCCCUCCCAGGCAACGACGCCCACCCGACCGGACACGGCGGCUAAGCCUACAGCGUUCCCCAUUGCUGAGAUGCUUGUUCAAAAUGGAGCGGAGAUUCCGCGCAGCUUGCCAGCUUUUCCCUUGAGUCGAAGUGCAGCCCUCUAUAUUGAGCAGAAGAGUGGGCGUGGCGGGUCAUCCACCGAUACUAUUGGUGCAUUGCCUACGUUGGGUACAUUGGACAAGCAAAAGGAGCGCGAAGCUCGACUCCAGAAACGUGUCAGUGCCGGUGGACGUCUUGCAAAAGUGCCAAUCCCCGAGCGGUGA